AUGCAGAAGCUCCAUCACCACAACUGUCAUGAGUUGAUCGGCAGUACGAUUGAUCCAACAAAUGUUGUAAUUCUCACCACUCUUUGUGAAAACGGCUCUAUCUUCGACUUUUACUCCAAGCAGCUGCUGCCAUCGCAUAGGAGAUUUCAUCCUGAGACAUCGCACAGGCUGGCAUUAGAGUCAGCACGCGGAUUGCAGUACAUGCACUCCCUACAUCCUUCCAUGAUGCACCGAGACUUGAAGAGUCUCAACGUAUUCCUAGACAAAAACAUGGUCGCCAAGAUCGCCGAUUUUGGAAUGGCAACAGAGGAAGUGACUUCUUCAAUCGGUCUGGGCACAAUUCAGUGGAUGGCCCCUGAAGUUCUAUGGAACCUCAAAGGAAAGAAGAGCCAAUAUGAUAAGCGAUGCGACGUUUUCAGCUUUGGGGUUCUGAUGUGGGAAAUAUUCCACUGUCAGAUUCCUUACGCAAGCACAGGAAAAGAUAGCUCUGCUCUCAUGCAGUCGAUAUUGUUGGAGGGCCUUCGGCUUCUUCCAUCCGAACUCUGUUGCCCUCCUGACAUUAGUCGUCUCAUUUCGUCAUGUAUGAAUUUCGACGCCAACUUGCGUCCCUCCUUCGAUGACAUCGUCAAGCAACUAUCAGCAAUUGAGGGAAUCUCAGACCAUCUCAAAUCCCUAUUACUCCAAUGA